AUGGAUCUGGUUUUCCGCGACUGCGGCUCGCUCCAGAUACUUCACUUCAAGCUUCCGAGUCACCCUGUUGAACGAGCAAGACUGUUGCAAGUCUUCACAAUUGGCAAAUACCAGACAAAAUAUUUGCCCGCGAGGUCGUCCAGAGGGCCUGUAUUCACUUCGGAUGGCAAAAUGCUCCCGAGUGCUGAUGAGCUUGCCAGGGCGAUUACCGCCCAGCUAGGGCUCGCAUCCGAGGGCAACAUUGGGUGUGUAGAACAUUCAGGGCAGUUCCCUUUCUUCCGUCUCCCCUUACAGGUGCAACGGCGCAUAUUACGAUAUGCUCUUAUCCCACAUUUUCAAGUGAUACACCCGUGUCUUUCGCCGAUAACUGACGGCACAUCCCUAAAUAUUCUGCCACUUCUCCUAACAUGCAAGGCAAUUUACCAAGAGGCCGAGGCUAUCCUAUAUCAAGAAGCAAUCUUUUCUUCAUGCUCUCCAAGAUACGAGAAGGCCAUGCGGAGGUUCCUAUACAACAGGACAGAUCGCCAGCUCCAUCUCAUGCGGCAGUUUUUUUGCCAUAGCAUGGAUCGCUGGCUCGAUAGACGCAUUGAUAAGUUCAUCCGAGCGCGAAGCCCAGACAUUGAAGAUCUUCGGCGCAAGAUAGAAAUUGGUGAAUUCCGCCACCCUUGCCUUGCGGAAGCUUAUAUAUGA